UCCAAGCGAGAUGUUACUUGUCAUGGCAUCCAUUAUCUCUUUUCUUCACAUACAUAAAACAAUUUGCAAUUUCCCAAAGCUAUCUUGCGGUGACGUAAUAACUAGAGAUUGUUACCCUUGGUAGAAUGCAGGAUCCAACGCAACACCGAAGAGCUCGUGUUUGCAUCAACCGAAGUAGUCAGGUCAAAAUUUGCUUUGCCAUUCUCCUAUUGGUAACAGUUUUACUUGUCAUGCGUGAUAAUGGUAUGAUUAUUCAAAGAAGCAACGAUUGCCCGUCAACGGUCACCCAUCAACAGAUUAUUGAAUCGAUUCACGAAAACUUGUCUCCUUCUGGAAACAUAUCGGAAACCCUUCGUUAUCGGAUUUCGGAAAUCAAUAGAUUAAAACAAGAGAAACCGUCAGCAGACAACAUUAGACGUAUCUUAUUUUGGACGAGUUUCUUUAAUUGGAAAGGUUUUGGCGUCGGUAUGGGCCGAGAACCUUUUGUCCUCGCAAAAUGUCGUUUCACCAACUGCAUGACCACAGAUGACCGGAGUCUGUUAAACCAAAGCGAUGCGCUCAUUUUUCAUCCCAACGAUUACAACGCCAGUGAUUUGCCUUCAAUCAGAAACCCUGAUCAACGUUACAUAUUCUUGUAUUACGAAGCCCUGACUACCGAGAGGUAUAGACUGCCCAUUUUUUACGAUCCGCUGCCGAAUUUCUUCAACUGGACGAUGACGUACCGUCGAGAUUCCGACGUCCAUUCGACUCAUCCUUACGGCAUAAUCCGGCGCAAACCCAGUUCGCGUGUAGGAAUCGUACUACCCGAUCCUUUGCCGCCAGGGACGUCUGAUCCUGGUGCCCUCUUACAUAUUCAAACUGACUCUAGUCGUUAUUAUGCGGCAAGUGCAAACAAGACCAAAUGGGUCGCAUGGUUCACAUCCAGCUGCGUCACACCGGGUGGCAGGGAGGUCUUCUUCCGGCGAAUGGCUCAAUACGUUCCUAUCGACAUUUAUGGCGCUUGUGGAAGCCUAAAAUGCGGUCCGGAAAAAGGCAACGAAUGCGACAUGGCCCUGAAAACGUACAAGUUCUACAUUGCGGCAGAGAAUUCAAUCUGUCCUGAUUACGUUACUGAAAAACUGUACAGAGCUCUCGGAGCAGGCGCCGUGCCCAUCGUUUACGGAGGUGCGGAUUAUUCCGCUUACGCUCCGCCUUAUUCCUUCAUCCAUGCAGCUGAUUUUGAAUCGCCAAAAGCGCUGGCAGACUACCUGAUCUUACUUGACCGCAAUCCAGGUUUGUAUUCGAGAUAUUUCGAGUGGACAAAGGACUGGGAGGUUGUACGCAAUCCACUAGAUGGAUGGUGCAAUUUAUGCGAGAAACUAAACGAUCCAGUUCAAAAGCCGAAAAGCUAUGAAAAUAUUGGCCAAUGGUGGUACGAUAAAAAUCCUUGCCUUCCGGGGACUUCUCUCCUGAACCUGUAUGGCUUGUCGAACGAACCACUUUUAGGAAGGUUCAUCUGAUUUGUCCACAUACUUUUAUGUAUUCGUUUGUUCCAUGUUUUUGGCGAUUUAGUAAAGAAAUUGGUAGUCUAUAGUUGGAAAUACACGAGAAAGUAAACACGCAA